GCGCAGGUCAUCGGUCAGGUCGACAACAAGUUCAUCGCUUGCCGGAUCUUCGCUCGUGAACGUACUAGUACUGCUGCGCCGGACCGCAUCGCAGCGACGAGAUGUUUCAUCGUGGUGAUCGACCAACACGCCGCAGAUGAAAGGAUCAGACUCGAAAGUAUAUUGUACGAUCUGACAGCUCAGGUCUGCUCAGGUGGCGCUGCUUCCAAGGCAUUGAUCGGAGACGGGGCAGCUUUGAGAUUGACUCCGGCGGAGCAGAAGUUCUUCCGUCAGGUACCCCUGGCAGUUCCGCUUCUACACAUAUGGGGUCUGACAUGCGUUUUACAAGCGGAUUCGGACUCUUCUGUGCCCAAGCACGCGUUGAUCACCACCGUCCCCAAGCUACUUGCGAAUCGCUUAGCAUUUGAACAUUCGGAAGUAGAACGCGCGUUUCACGACUACGUUGGCAACCUAAUCGAUCGGGCGGCCAGCGAUGCUGCCAUUCGCGCUCUCCUGCAGAAGUUCGAAGGUGAUGUCGUGGAACCUACCAACGUGUUGAGCUGGUGCCCUCCACGAUUUAUAGAUCUGGCCAAAUCUAACGCAUGUCGAGGUGCCAUCAUGUUCAAUGAUCCACUCUCGCUCUCUCAAUGUCAAAAGAUGGUCCGCGACCUGGUCAGGACCCGAGACCCUUUCCAUUGCGCCCAUGGUAGACCCAGUUUGCAUGUCCUGUACGAGCUUUCCUCGUAG